CGCGCCCGUCCGGGCUCAAUCUGAGCCGCCGCAUGCACAUCCUGCCAGGCCAAACCCCACCUUCGCAGUGCGGCGCCUGGGAGGGCAGCUGCUGAGCUCCAACUCUGCGGCGGUGAGCAAGUAGCAGGGCGUAGUAGGGAGGUGCCCACAGAGAGAGAGCGGCGGCGAAGAAGAAGCGGAACUCUGGCCUCGCCCGCGCCAAAGCUGCUGAGGUAUCUCUUUCCUGUGCCCAACUGGCUGUAGCAUGAUGCCUUUUGGAGGGAUUGCUGCCAAGCUGGAAAGGAACCGUUUGCGGGCAGAGGGUGUAGGUGAUCACCACAACGCUGUUAAGUAUCUCGGCCAAGAUUAUGAGGCCCUAAAGCAGCAAUGUCUGGAGAGCGGCACCUUGUUUGAGGACCCCCAGUUUCCUGCAAUCCCCUCAGUCCUUGGAUUCAAAGAACUGGGGCCAGAUUCCGGCAAAACCCGUGGAGUGCGCUGGAUGCGCCCAUCGGAAAUUGUGGAUGACCCUCAGUUUAUUGUUGGAGGUGCUACAAGGACAGAUAUCUGCCAAGGGGCUUUGGGUGACUGCUGGUUGCUGGCUGCUAUUGGCUCUUUGACUCUCAAUGAGGAACUUUUGCACCGGGUUGUACCCCAUGGACAGAGCUUCCAGGAGGACUAUGCAGGCAUCUUCCAUUUCCAGAUCUGGCAGUUUGGCGAAUGGGUGGAUAUAGUGAUAGAUGAUAGGCUACCAACCAAGGAUGGAGAGCUGGUGUUUGUGCACUCGGCAGAGUGUCAAGAGUUCUGGAGUGCUCUCCUGGAAAAAGCUUAUGCCAAGUUGAAUGGCUCUUAUGAGGCCCUGUCAGGGGGCAGCACCACAGAAGGCUUUGAGGACUUCACAGGCGGUGUGUCGGAAAUGUAUGAUCUCAAGAAGCCGCCUCGCGAUUUAGCCAGGAUCAUCUGCAAGGCUCUUGAGAGGGGAUCCCUGCUUGGCUGCUCCAUUGAUAUCACAAGUGCAUUUGACAUGGAAGCUGUUACCUUUAAGAAGCUGGUGAAGGGUCAUGCCUAUUCCGUCACAGGAUUUAAGACUGUGGAAUAUCGUGGCAGGCAGGAGGCGCUGAUUCGCAUAAGAAAUCCCUGGGGUCAGGUGGAGUGGACUGGAGCUUGGAGUGACAGCUCUUCUGAGUGGAAUGAAGUGGAUCCUGAUCAGAGGGAUGAACUGCAGCUGAAAAUGGAAGAUGGUGAAUUUUGGAUGCCUUUUCGAGAGUUCAUGCGUGAGUUUUCCAGGCUGGAGAUCUGUAACCUCACCCCAGAUGCGCUGAUCAAGGAUGACUUGAGCAGAUGGCACACCACCUUGUUUGAGGGUACCUGGCGCCGGGGCAGCACAGCUGGAGGCUGCAGGAACCACCCAGCUACAUUCUGGAUUAAUCCCCAGUUCAAAAUCAAGCUCUUAGAAGAGGACGAUGAUCCAGAUGAUAAUGAGCUGGCUUGCAGUUUCUUAGUGGCCUUGAUGCAAAAGCACCGGCGGAAGGAGCGCCAAGCUGGAGGAGACAUGCAUACAAUUGGCUUCGCUGUCUAUGAGGUUCCUGAGGAGUCUCAGGGCUUCCAGAGUGUUCACCUGAAAAAGGAUUUCUUCCUGCGAAACCAGUCUCGGGCACGCUCAGAGACCUUUAUCAAUCUGCGGGAGGUGAGCAACCACAUCCGCCUGCCCCCUGGUGAAUACAUCAUAGUGCCCUCCACCUUCGAGCCUCACAAGGAAGCAGACUUUGUCCUGCGUGUCUUCACAGAGAAGCAGUCAGACACAGUGGAGCUGGAUGAAGAAAUCUCUGCAGAUCUGCCUGAUGAGGAAGAGAUCUCUGAGGAUGAUGUGGACGAAAACUUCAAGAACAUGUUCCGGCAGCUUGCAGGAGAGGACAUGGAAAUCAGUGUCUUUGAGCUCAGGACUAUUCUGAACAGAGUCAUCGCCAGGCACAAAGACUUGAAGACUGAUGGGUUCAGCAUGGAUUCUUGCCGCAACAUGAUCAACCUGAUGGAUACAGAUGGCAGUGCUCGCCUGGGCCUUUUGGAGUUCCAGAUUUUGUGGAACAAGAUCAGGGCCUGGCUGAAUAUAUUUCGCCAGCAUGACCUUGACAAGUCGGGCACAAUGAGCUCUUAUGAGAUGCGUCUGGCUUUGGAAUCAGUUGGCUUCAAACUGGACAACAAGUUGCACCAGGUGGUGGUGGCACGCUAUGCUGAUGAGGCACUGGGUGUGGACUUUGAUAACUUUGUCUGCUGCUUAGUCAAGUUGGAGACGAUGUUCAGAUUCUUCCGUAGCUUAGAUCCUGAAGGCACUGGGAGCGCUGUGAUGAACCUUGGUGAGUGGCUGAUGUUCACCAUGUGCGGCUAGAGCAGAGAUGGGACUUCGCCGGGACGACCCUCUUGGGCUGGGCUUCCCCAAGUGCCUCCCUUAUGUCAGGCUGAUGGACGUAGGACAGCCCAUCAUCCCUAUUCCUCCCUUUCACCUCCCCAUUGCUGAGCCCAGAGACUGCUUCAUUUCCCCCCCCCUUGACCCAUGGACACAACCAGUACCCUGAGAUUUCAGCUCCCUCUCAUCACUUAUUGGGGAUCCAAAAGCUCCAGUGGGAGCAGGGCAAAGAGGAAGCAGCUCUUACCCUGCUGUGAGAGCGGCUGUGAUGACGACAGACUCUCAGAAGAUUGGGGAAGUGAGAGAAAGCCACGGAUGCAUGUUGGGUCACUGCAUGUAGGCUUUAGUGUAGCUGCAUACUUAUCUGGAGGGCUGCCCUCACAGUUAUUGAAGAGGCGGGGAUGGGGUUGUGUUGCUUCCUCUCACAGUUUGGCCUCUUCCUUCUCACUGGCUGCUGCUGAUUUUGAUCUUGCAUGGAAACUUCACCUGCUCUCUGCCCUCCUAGUGCUGCAAGAUCCACUUUGCUUUUCUCUAGUCAAUCCGGUGGCAGGAUGGAAAAGGAUCUGCAUCUUUAAUUGAACUCUCCAAGAGUCUUUUCUAAAGCAAUGGAGUGGCCUCCAGAGCUAGUGCCAGAGGAGUGAUGAGGUCAGGGAUUGGCCAAGACACGCGUGAGCCUCAGUCCUCAAGAGUGCUGCCAUGCUCGCUUUGCUCAGAGCAACCGCAAAAGCGUAGGGACAUAGGCAGGUGUCUUAUCCUGAGUCAGCCCAAUGGUCCCUCUUGUUCAGUAUUUCUACACUGGCUGUCAGCAGCUCUUCAGGGUUUCAGAUGGGAUAUUCUUAACCCUAUUUGGAGAUGCCAGGGAUUGAACCUGGACCUUUCUGCAUGCAGAGCAGAGGCUUCCUACCGCUGAGCUGCAGCCUUUAUGUAUUAGUGCUGAGAGAGUUAUCUGUUGGCACCCCCAGCCUGAGUUAAAGGACUGCUCUGAUAGCCCCUUAUACAGCAAAGCACCCCCCAAAAUCCUGCAGGCAAAACAAAUGGCCCUGGCACUUGUGCCAAGAAUGGGGAGCCAUGUGUGUGUGUGUGAGGUUCUCUUUCUUCUUUGAUUGGGAAAUGGUAGACAUGCAAGCUGCUAGAGCAGGUUCGACUAAAGAGGGAGAGUACAGGUUGCAGUGCUAGGUUUUGGAAGCCCUUUUGGCUAUAAAAGCAGCAUGCAGUCUCAGUAUGAGUGGGCAUGCUGGCAAAAAAAUAAAAGGAAAAGAGGGUUUCAGGUAACGUCGUAUUUCUCCAAAUACCUAGAGUAUUAAAGUUCUUGUAUCAUUAGUACCCUGUAUUCAGAAUAGUAAUUCAGGCUUUUGAAAGCUAAAUCAUCAAAACAGGAUAGUAUUGCAACUGUGGCCAUGCUUUCUCAGUCUUUCAGUCUCAUUGUUCCAUGUUUAUUUCCAGAAGCGUUUGGAUAAGACCUUUUUUUAAAUUAAAAAUAUAGAUACAUAUACAAUUUUUGAAAAAAGUAAAGCUGAAGAGUUCAAGAUUCAGAGAGGAUCCUGCAGGCCACCUGAAGUGUCUCAUGAACUGUAUGCAGUCACCACCUACUGGAUGGCAGUACCUAGCGAUUCAGAAUGCGGGUUUCUGGCUCUGGAACCUUUUCUCGCUCUGUGCAACUGUUGACAGCACUUUCUACAGGGCUCAGUGAAAGGGCUGGGAGUACCUAAUGCUGUUGUAAGCAUGGACUUGCCUGAUCACUGCAAGCCUCCUGCUGUAAGCACUCUGGACUUUUUGUACAAGAGUAGGAAUAGUUUAAAAACGAUGAUAAUUACACAGGUUAGCAUAAUCAAAGGGUAAGGUCCCUCUUCCAAGUACUGUACCCAUGUCUGCCUCUGACUUCCUCUGUGGCCUUAGCGAAGUCCUUUUUCUGCUUUUAGCAUUUCAUUUCAUCUGAGUGGAAUAGUGGAUAUAAAUGGGAUGGCAUCUUAAUGCUAAACGGCUAUAGUGUAGUUGAAUGUAGCACUAUUCCUUUCAUGCUAUACCCCUCCAUCAGGACAGCUAAUUUGCAGUUCCAGCCCUCUUACAAGCCCUCCCACUUUGUACUGUAGGCAGCUGCUGCAGAAUUGGCUUUCUCUGGAAGUGUGGAUUACUGUCUCAUUUUGGGGUAGCUAACAGAAUAACUGCCAACCUUUGGUGCUACUCUAACAUGGAUUAGAAUAUCCACUCCCCCUUAAAAUGUGGCUUAGAAAAAGGGGGGGGCUUAUGUUGUAGUCAAGUUCUGUGAGGACAAAAGGGAGAUUUUAAAAGCCAGAAUUAUUCGCCUCUGUAGGAAAAUCACUACUGUCACUAGGAGGCAGCAACUGCAGUGUCUGACAUCAUUGGUAAGGAGGUUAUUCCUUUGAUUUACAGGUGCAAAGGCAUAACUCUACCUGGCUCCCAAAAAAAGGGUUCUGAAUUCUGUGUCCCAAGCUGAACCAUACAGGUUAAGAAAAUGUGGAUUUGCUCUGCAUAAAUUCUAUUUCAAGGGUUCAGAUUUUCAGAGGACAGGGUCCCAGAGCAAGAUGGGAGGCAAAGGCUGCCAGCGAAGAACAACCUGAGUGCUGGGUUUUGCAUAGCCACUCUGGGCUGGGGACAAAUGUCUCUGAUAGCAGGAUACAGAGGUUUGUGUGCUGAAGCCUCCGCAGUUGUUAGAAGCUUUACUCUGCCAGUGCAUUCCCAGGUUUCCCAUAUCUAUGUUCAAAACUUGCCAGAAGAAAACUGAAGAGUUUCAGGAUGCCAAAUUCACAUGCUGGAUUCCACACUUAUGCAGCGAAAUUGCAGAUGCGGAGAAUACACAUACCAGCCUUGGACAUGCUGCUUAUUCCUUUAUCUUUUGGAGAUAGAUAGAAAGGCAGGGUUUCUUUUAGCAGUAUGUUCAAACCAGCUACGCUCAAUGGAAAGGAGAUGCUUAGAAGAGCUGCUGUAGUAAAAUUAGACUUUUCAAAAGGGAGCAGUAGUGAAUAGGAUUCUACUGGUCUCUUAUGUACUCACAAUCUUUCCUGUCUAUAUUAUUCUGUUUUCUCCCAUGUGGACAUUCUAGCUUCUGGGUAAAUUUUGUUCUUGACUCCAUUCUUCAGAGCUUUCGUGUGGCAUAUCCCCCUGCCCAUCACCAACCUGACCACUUCAUGGCUCUUGUCUGUAUCCAGGCUGGUAGUGGCCUUAGUGUUUUACUGCAGGGCCCCACAACCUCCUGCUGCCUUAGAACCCUUGCGGAACAUGGCUGCCAUGAUAACCACUUCAGCUCAGAUAGCAGAGCUGCCUCCUCAGCCCGAAUUGCAACAUAUGUGAAAUAAUAAAUGAGAUAUAUCUCAAAGUACUUUUGUGCUUUUGUGAUGGUAUGGUUAAAAAACUA